UGCUGUGACGUGGAGGUCAAAGGUCAGUCUGAAUAACGUGUCAGCGGGCUGUCACCACACCGGUGUCACUCCACCCGACCGGCUGUUGCAGUGACACACGUCGGUACCUCAGCUGACCUCAACGCCAUCGUAGUGACAAUGGCCAAGAAGCGGAGGGAGAGACGGGAGACCGACGGGCUGUCCCCGGGCCCGGAGGAGGGGAAGGCGGGAGGGAGAGACCCGCAAGCCCUGAGAGAGGCUCAGCAUACUGAAGGGGGCUCUGCACGCAUGUCUCUCCUGAUUCUGGUUUCUAUCUUCACCUGCGCUGCCUCAGUCAUGUACCUGGUCUACAGGAACUUCCCAGAGCUUCCUGAUGAUGAAAUGGAGAAAAUCAAGAUUCCUAAAGACAUGGAUGAUGCCAAAGCUUUGGGAACUGUGCUGUCAAAAUACAAAGACACAUAUUACUCCCAAGUGUUGGUAGCCUACUUUGCAACAUACAUUUUCCUCCAGACAUUUGCAAUCCCUGGAUCUAUCUUCCUCAGCAUCCUGUCGGGAUAUCUGUACCCGUUCCCCUUGGCUCUUUUCUUAGUCUGCUUGUGCUCUGGCCUUGGUGCUUCCUUUUGCUAUAUGCUAUCAUAUCUGGUGGGCAGACCCAUUGUCUACAAAUAUCUCACAGAGAGAGCACAGAAAUGGUCUCAGCAGAUUGAAAAACACAGAGAUCAUUUAAUCAACUACAUCAUCUUCCUGAGGAUAACCCCCUUUCUUCCCAACUGGUUCAUCAACAUCACCUCUCCUGUCAUCAAUGUGCCUUUGGGGGUUUUCUUCAUCGGUACCUUUCUCGGAGUGGCUCCGCCAUCCUUUGUAGCGAUCAACGCAGGGACAACACUGUACAAACUGACCACAGCUGGCGAGGCCGUGUCCUGGAACUCUCUGGCUGUGCUUGGUGUACUGGCUGUGCUCUCCAUCUUGCCUGUCUGCUUCCAGAAAAAGCUGCAGAAGAAACUAGAGUAGAACAUUAAACACCUCAGCACCUCAUCUGCCGGCUGAUCCCGGCACCCCCUCCUCCUCGGCUCAGGAACGUGAAGCUGUCACUCAAGUUGCUCUGCCUCUAUCUCAUACACAGAUUUUGUUGGUGGAGUCUCUGACCACUGCCACAGUAAGCACCCAUUGACCACAAAAUGCAUGCGGUGGUGGUGGUGGGCUGGGGUCCUGAUGUUAGGUGUAAACUGGCCGCUGCUUGCACAAAUUUUAGGGUUUCUGUGAAUUAUGUUGUGAUUGUGGCACAUCUUUUAAAUGAGAGAAAUUCAAUUUUCUUUAAUGUUUUUGUUAUUGAAGGCACUGCUCAUUAUCUGAUGACUGGUGCCAGAUAAUUAAAGGUGCUACUUGUAGGACGUUGGCGUAAAACUCAAAAUUCUGGUUUCUCUUUUCAUGCUAGAAAUCGUAAAAAACAAUGUAAUCAGUACCUUGUUGAGGCUGUUGCAAACAUCUGUUUUUUCUUUGACUGGAACCACUUUUGAUUUUAAACACUUGUUUGUCAAUAACUUUGUAGCAUCUUUAACUUCCACUCUCUUUAUAUUUAUUUUAACAUGCCUGGUCUAAUUUCAACCUAAUGAAGUGUACCACCACAGCAAUAACUGUCUUGCAAAUUUUGAAAGUGGAUUUUAGUUUUUACAAAGUUUUGAUACCUGUUGCUUGCCUUGGCAAACAUAUGCAGUGAGGGAAGAAUGAAUCUGUGGAGAAGAAAAGUGUGAUGAUUGACAUGUGGGUGAGUUCCCAUGUUCUUCUUUGAAAGGCGCCUGCAUCCGCUGCCACACACAUUUUCAGCAGCUUCUCUUCAUAUUAGUAGCCCCUGUAACGUAUAGAGAAAAGGAUAAGCUGAUGUAAUAUUUUCUAACGUUACCUCCAGACUGCAGGAUGCCGAACUCCAAGCAUUUCCCAAUUCAAAUUUGCAUUUUUUUUUAUUAUGAAGUGAACAUAGACUAACAUAAAUACAAUUUAUUUGGUGUAAGAUGUAUGCAACCCAGAAAAGUUAGAGAUGGUCUUGGUUUGUAAAUCUGAAAAAUCCAGGAUGAGAUUUGUUCUAAAGCUUUGCAUAUGUUAAUGAUAAUUCACCUGAAGUCCACCCAAUACUAUUGUUUGCCAGGCCAGUAUAGGAAUGGAGAUGUAUGCACUAUGGAUGAUAGACCAGUGCCCUCAAUAAGACUGCCAACAGACUGAGGUAUCAGAGCCGUACCUUGCUUUUUACUGCUUCCUUUCUUCACCGGGUGAAAUGUAUUAUGAUGGCUGAUUUAUGUUUUGGUGUUCUUUUUUUUUUUUUUUUUUUUUUCACUGGAAGUUCUUGUGUCCUGUGCUAUGAAAGCACAGACUCUCUUUAAGAUUUACAUUUUCUUUUUGCCCGUGUACCAAGGUAACUUAUUGCUGCUGCUUAAAAAAUGUUCUGGGCAGUUACUAGAGACGUCGUUGCAGUGAAUGUACAUGCAGGUAACCUAUUUAACACACCUUUUCUUUAAUCCCUUAAAAUAUCAUAUUCAUAGAAGCAGUUGGUUUGUUGCAUUUUGUGAUUUCAUAUUUUUACUUUAAUGUUUUUUUUAUUCUGAUUUUUUGUUUUCUACUUUAAGACUAUUAACCUCUCAAACACCGAUACUUAAACAUCAAUUUAUGUGAAACUUAACUAGUUCUACUGUAUGAACAUACGUAUGUAUCAGCAUUUUCUCCUGUCAUGCUUUUUAUGGCAGAACGCCACCGUUGGGUUGAUAUUAUGGUUCUUAAUGGUUUAUGUGAGAGGUGUAUUUUUACAGUUGAGCUUCAUUGUUGUCUUGGAAAAUGCCUCUUCACUAAGGUGUUUAAAUCAAAUGGUAAAUGCUAUAAAUUGCUCCUAAACAAUCUUAUUUUUUGUCUCAAUACUUAAAUAGGAGCUUGAUUAACUUCUUUGAAGUUCUCCAUAAUGCUAAAUUUGACAAGAUGCUAGAUUUUAAUGAUUUUUUUCCCUCUAUUUUCCACAAUAUUUAAACCUAAUCUUAUUAUAAACUUCACCCUACUUGUAUACUCAAAUUGGAAUUAUUGUUUUGUGUCCCAUCACCCUAUCAAAGAUAUAGUAAGAAAACUGUAAACCUCUGUGAACAUUUCAAAAAGCAGUGUUAUUUUGUAAUGAGAAGUGAUUUAUUGCAAUAUGAAGUGUUUACAGAUUGCACAUUUCUGUCCUAUCUAAUCAAAUUAUGUUGGUUUUUUUUUCAUAUUUAUUGAAUUAUUAAAAUAAUCUUUACAGAAUAUAAUUGAGUUUUGAGAUGUAUCUGUAAAGAGGGCAUGUUUAAUCAUGCUGCAGCAGGGAACUAUCAAAAGUAUAAUGAGCCUUUUGUGGAGGCAAAACAUUGAUGAACACGCAAUUUCUGGGAUUCUUUCAAUCUUGGACUUUCCCAGCAAUUACUGAUUAAUCUUGAAAAUAGACGGAGCCCUCUUUGCUUUGUAGGAGCACGGAACCUGCAGGAAACUUAAAUGACACAGAAAAAACAUUUGUCUCCAUAGCCUAAA